UGAAGUCCACACCAGCUGCCGGCUGAGGCUGGUGUUCCUGCAGCCCCUGCAGGCUGCGAGGUGCACCAGCGCUCAGCUGACAAGGUAAACAAACAUCACGCUACAUUAAGAGGCCCACAACUCGAACUUAUACUGGAUCCCAAGGAUCAUCGUAGCCCUCAACAAGUUUACAACAUAAGAUACAAAAAGUCAGAUUUGACAGACAUCUUAGUCAUCCCUUCAGAAUGCCCCAAGGAAAUGAAGACAAUGACAAUGAGUGUCUUACUUGUCAUAGGAGAGGGGGUGAGCUCUGCAUUGACUUGAAGCCUGUACUUCUUUCUAUGAGAAAAUGUGAAGGAGAAAGAGGAUUCAACACAUCUGGACUGUCCUAAGGGUACCACAGUGCUGCCAGAUGCUGAUGAUAUGCCCAUGUUAGUUGGGGAGGAUGAAGAGGUGCCAGAUCUGGUUGAAGCUCUACACCUUCCCCGUGUUCCUGUCACAAUUCUCUCUGGUUAUCUUGGUGCUGGCAAGACCACACUCCUGAAUUACAUCCUCACACAGCAACAUAACAAAAAGAUAGCUGUCAUACUCAAUGAAUUUGGUGAAGGAAGUUCCCUAGAGAAGAGUCUGAAUGUGGGACAUGGAGGGGAGUUGUUUGAGGAGUGGUUGGAGCUGCGGAAUGGCUGUCUCUGCUGCUCUGUCAAGGAUAACGGUGUCAAGGCCAUAGAAAACCUCAUGAAGAAAAGAGGCAAGUUUGACUACAUUCUCUUGGAAACUACGGGACUAGCAGACCCAGGUCCCAUUGCGUCGCUCUUCUGGGUGGACAAACAACUCGAGAGUGAAGUCUAUCUUGAUGGUAUCAUCACCGUGCUGGACGCCAAGUACGCCGAAAAGAAUAUCACCGAAAAAAAACCAGAAGGAGUGGUUAACGAGGCUGUGAGGCAGGUGGCUCUGGCAGACCUAUUGAUCCUGAACAAGACAGAUCUUGUGGACCAGCAGCAGCUGCAGCAGGUGUCACAGUUAGUCAGAACAAUCAACAGAUCAGCAGAGAUUGUCCAUACUCACCGAUGUAGAGUUGACUUAGACAAGCUGCUUGAUCUUCAUGCCUAUGACAAGUUUGGUGCUGAUGAAUAUGAGCGUACCCUCAGCACCCGCUUCGAGGAGGACCUGCCCCAUUUGGAUCAGCGGGUAGGAACUGUUACUCUUGAGGUGGAAGGCAGCCUGACACCUGCCAGCCUGGACACCCUUGUAGAGGUGCUGCUGUGGGAACGUUCUCUCACUACAUCUGCUGGACAUCACCCUGUUAUCUACCGUAUGAAGGGAAUCCUGUCAGUAGUGGGUGAAGAUAACAAGAUGAUGAUACAAGCAGUACAGGAGCUGUAUGAAGCAGAGCCUGUUGACCCAUGGCCACUGCACUGUCCAAGAUCAUGCAAGUUUGUAUUUAUCGGGGAGCAUCUGGAGCAAGGUAGCCUGCAGCAGUUUCUUCAAUCCCUGAUGGUGGAGGUGCCCAGUGGAGUGCCUUAAAGAGAGAUGCUGUGAUGUGUUGUUUGAUUUACCUUCCUUUCCUGCUUAAUCUUCAUUACUCCUGUGUGUGUGUGUGUGUGUGUGUGUGUGUGUGUGUGUGUGUGUGUGUGUGUGUGUGUGUGUGUGUGUGUGUGUGUGUGCAAGGAGGUUUAUUGUGCUGCUUUCUUGUGUUUUAUGUGUAAUUAUCCACAAUUGUUGAGGCUCAUGAACAUACUUGAUGACCACCAGUUAUUAUCCUCAGCUCUCUGAGAGAGCUUAGGUUUCAUAAAGUUCAAUCUCUAUGCAAGGCUAUGACUUUUUGUUUUGUAUGUAUGAGGGAGAACAACCAUGAGCACAAAAAGAAAGGGAGAAAAGUCAACAAUUUGCCAAAAGAAAAAGGAGGGAAUUUUUCAAAACAGCCAAUUUAAUUCUGAGUUCAAGUUAUAAGAAAUGGGGAAAAACAGAAAUGUAUAGUUCUAGAGUUUACUACUGAAAAGGAUGAAAGAAUGGAGAUAUUGCAUUUGUGAGAUGGAUAGUAUAAUGGUAAGUUAAAAGUCUUGUUGAGCAAGGCUGUGAGAGGGGAUAGGUAUGCACCUAUAAAGUUCAGAAAAAUGGAAAUAAUUAUUGAAGAUACCAAGAGAUAAAGAAUAGCAGUGGAAUGAGAUUAUAGACAGUCACUUACAGGAAGUAGUUAAUGAAACAAGGUUUUAACUCUACGUUGCUUAGUAAGACUGUGUGAGAGGAGUCCCACAAUACAAGGACAAAUAAGGUUCUUCUAGAUUAAGCAUCUUGGAGGAGUAGGAAAAUUGGCAUUAGCAACACAGAAAACAACUAAGUAGAAGCUGCUUUGGCAAGAGGAGAUAUGUAAAAUUUCAUAUGCAAUAUGCCUUUCAUUUUGGUCAUUUUGGUAGCUGUUUGCUCAGCAGCAGAAGUCUAUAGUAUCAGAGAUAGACAUAAGCUUCAACCUGCUAAGUGACUAGCAAGAAAAUGACCACUUACAUAAAAAUAUAAGAAAACAAGGAAAGCUACCAGGCCUACAUAUGGCAGUAAUAGUGACCGUGUGUGAGGGAUGAAUGAACCCCUAUAUGUCUCAGCAUGGUGUUGUUUAUGAAUGCAUCUCAAAAUGUGAAAAAUGUAUACUACCUCUGUUUAUGACACAGUCCUUAACUGUUUAAUGUAAACAUAAUCAUCUGGUGUGAAGAGAAUGUUUUAUAUAUAAAAGUUAAAAGUUUGGA